AUGAGAAGGCGAAAAAUUCUGUCAAGUACUGCGAGUGUCGUGUGCUUGAAAUGCGGACAUUUGUUUGGGCAGUCCUGUAUUGAAAGAUGGAUACGGCGAAACACAAAAAAUGCUUCGUGCCCUCAGUGUAAGGAGCGGGCGCGAUUGACCGAUAUUCGACGUUUAUAUACAAGCAUCGUAAAGGCGCUCGAUACAACGGAGUUAGAACAUUUGAAAGAAGCAAAUAAUGAAUAUAAAAUAGAAAAUGAAUAUUUACGCGUCGAAAAUGAAUAUCUGAAAAUGGAACUUUCGAAAGCGGAGGCAUCCAAAAGUGCUUCCAUGUUGGUUACGCGUGCAGUACAGACACCCGAUGUGGGCCACUAUUUAUCACUGGUAAUGGAUUGCACUGUGCCUCUGUACAUGCCACAAAGCUCACGAUCUAUUGAUGGGAAUAGCAAAUUCUUUGUGAUCACUUGUAAGCUUCCAGCCGAACAUUUGAUGCCGUAUGGCUUGAAGAUGUUAACACAUGAUGGGCAUGAAGUGGCGGUGAUUGGAAUACAUGAAAAGCGACCACGCUGUUGUAAAUUUUCACCAUAUGAUCCUGAUCUGGUACUUUCAACAGGAGAAGAUCACAUGCUUUGUGUCACGAGGUUUGGGAACACGGCGACACUGGUACAUCGCGAACAGUUGCCAUUCAAUGGAUGGAGUUGUUGCUGGUUAAGCGCUAAUGAGGUUGCCGUCGGUCUGAUCAAUGGAAGAGUCUUGAAAUUCAACAUUAUGCAUCCCGGAAAAGACCCGGCACUUGACAUCACCUCCAAUAAUGGAAUUGUGCCAAUCAUAAGCGUUCAUUCAUCCCCAACUCAAUCCCUUCUGUUCGUUGUUUCUCUGAAAGAAUGCGUACUUUAUGAGGGCAUGCAACGUUAUGUUCUGAUAUCAAAUCAAGGUGCCAUAAGUGCUUUUUGCUACGACGAGGGGAGCUGCCAUGUUAUGUUGACGUUUGCUCCGGGCCAAUAUCAUUCUACGGUCACUCACGUUUUAUACAAGUUGGUAUUGAACAGCCAAAGCAAGCAAUUACUUCAUGUUUGCACAUAUGAAAGUGACUCAAGCAAACUUACGUGUAUGACGAAGAGCGCUUUUUGGUUUGCACCUGUUGGCCCUCUUGCUGUUAUUUAUAAUGAAGCCGAUUCGAAACUGGUGAGUUUUGAUUUACUUCAACCACUUCCCGCAAUGUUUCUUGAGUGGCACAACACUGUUACCUUUAUGGAGCAAGAAAUGAGUCAUAACACUGCAAAAUUUGGCCCUUUUCAUUCUUAG